AUGGCAGUGGCCGCCUUGGCUCGGCUAGGACUGGCCGUCAAGGAGGUUCGGGUUCAGUUCUGCCCCUUUGAGAACAAUGUGGAGUCUACGAGGACCUUCCUCCAGGCGGUGAGCCGCGAGAAGGUCCGCGCCACCAACUUGAAAUGCUCCGUGAUUGUGGAUGUUAGGCACGACGGCUCCGAACGCUGCGUGGAUAUGCUUUUCGGAGAUGCGCACGGCUUGAUUAUGCGCGGCGCCCACUUCACCGCCCAAGAAACGCUCGCUGCCUUCGCCUCCCACGUCCAGGCCCGGAGCGCAGCGGGGAGCGGGGAGCACCGUGGCGCUGAUGCGGGCCGCUGACAGCGUGUAAGAGGCCAACGAGCAGAUGCUAGCCUGGGCCUUAGAGAACACUUAUCCACGAAAAGCUCAACUUAAUCACCCAGAUCACUGUCUGGAGGCCGCAGACACAAUCCCCACCCCCCAAAGAGCCCUAUGACUACACAUCUAACCAGCGCUUCUGGCAUGAGACGAUCCGGGAAGGGCCUAGACAAACUUGAAUUUAUUUCAUUUUCUCACCAUCGCUCACGCUUAACCGUUUUGAAUUUGGCUUCCCCCACCACUCACUCAAGUAUGACACCUCUUAUUCUUAUUAGCUAAAUCCAGUGCUGUUUUCUCAGCCCUGAGCUCUCCACCUAAGUAGCAUUUUCCACUUUUAACUCAUUCCCUAUGGAACGUCUCUUUCUUUUCCUUCUCUUAAACAUAAAGAUAAACUACCCCCCCCCUUUAUUUUUUGGGUAUCUCAUCUUCUGUGAUAACUUGAACUACCCUUUUGUUAAACCAUGCAUUUCUGUUUGGGUCUAAUAUUAAUUUCUGUGCUACAGUCAGGUUACCUACUAUCAAUUUUCUCCGAAUCUUACAAACAUUCUUGUUCAAAAUAGAAUUGAUAAUCUUACAUACACAUAUACUUGCCUCUCCCUGACUUCCCCAUUCCUUUUACAGGCACUCCAUGUGCACAGCCACCGGGGCUGGAAGUCACAGCAUUGUCUGGCUCUGCUGUCUCCUUUGCCUUGCACACCCAGUCAGUAAGUUCAUAUUACUCUGUGUUAAACAAAAGCCCCUGAAAUGCUCUCUUCAUUCCCAUUCACUCUCCUGUAUUAUUGUUACAUUCUCCUUUCUUUUCUCAUCACUUUUGCUGCUGCUUAGUUUUAUCUUCCAAAGCACAUCACUGGUUAUGUCUCACUACUGCUUGUUUCAGAGAACAGCACCUAAAGUACUUUUCAUACAGUUACCACCCAUUCGUGUGGAUCGUGAAUCAAUUUAGGAGGUUAAAUCAGCCUUUAGUAAAGUAAAUUAGAAUAAAAAGUAUCAGUGCAUGCAUGGCACAUGAAA